GCCGUCUUGCCCUUCAAGUCUAGAAUCUAUCAAGUCAAUAACAAUGACUGAAAAUGGCAAGUCACAUGGCCCUGCGUCUUCCACGUGGCGUCUCUUUCGUGCGUUCUCUUCCUUCCUUUCUUAGCCCUCCGUAUUAUUUGGGCUAUCUGGCAACCACUGCUCCUACUCCACCGCUGCUCAACACCAAGAAGAUCUUUAAUUCGUCAUAUACACUACUCACCAUGGAUAAAGGUUCAAACUUUGCCAUGUUUUCUUUCUCUUCUCAUUAAAAAAGUUUUGACCUUUUACCUUUUUUUACUAAGAAAUGGUUGAGGCCUGAGGGUUAGUGUGGGUUUUUGCUGAUGCUGUGUUUGGUGAAGGUUAUUCUUCGGAAGCAAAGGAGACGCCCGAGUAUAAUUCCUCUGGCGUAGGACCUGCUUCGAAAGAUAUACUCCCUCAUAUUCUCAAUCUAUAUGCAUCUAAGGCCACACCUAAAGAUUUUGAAAUCUAUGUUCCGGAUGCAACCUUUGAAGAUCCCCUUAUGUGUGCACACGGGGUAAAGCAGAUAAAAUCAUCAUUCUAUUCACUAGGCAAGGUCUUCAGUGAAUCAAGGAUAGUGGAUUACAGCAUCACAGAGAACGAUAUAUCACCUGGAAAGAAAGAGAUACUAAUUGAUAACAAGCAAUACUACAAGUUCUGGGGGAGGGAUAUUCAUAUGAUAUCUCUCAUCAAGCUAUAUACGGAAGGAGGAAAGGUCGUCCGCCAUGAAGAUUGGUGGGACAAGAAACCGCCACGAAGUCGGAAAACAGUUAAGGUACCGGUUGUUGGGAGGAUAUUUGAGCUUUCUCGCAGAGCGUCGAUGUUUGCAACCCAUGCUAUGAUGGGGUUUGGGAAGGAUCCACAUCCAACCAAGUAAAUGGCUCCUUGGAAAUGAGAAUGUAAUGUACUCUUAUGGUUGACAGUGACAUACAAACAUAUUGUUACAGUUCUAUCACUAGUCACUACCUCUUGCUGGCAAGAUGUUUUCAUUUACUUUGUUAAUGCUACUUGUGUUAAAUUGUUGUAUACAUAAGUGUGAAGAUAUAGGGUGGAUCAAUACAGUGUUAUGUACUCUGGCCUUGUGAAAUAUUAUACUCCUGUUGAAGUGGCAUCUUCUAUUUUAUGGUUGCUAGUGUUGUAUUUUGUAU